GUUACGUACCUGCUCUCAGAGGCAAUAUUAUCACAGAGAAAACAUGGCGAGGUUAAGCGAGCAGGGGAUUCGCCUUAGUUCCAUGAGCCCUUCCUUCCUUAACAGCAACUCCACGAGUCAUACCUGGCCGUUCAGCGCGGUGGCAGAGUUAAUAGACAAUGCAUCAGACCCAGGUGUGUGCGCCAGACAGAUCUGGUUAGAUGUGGUUAAAAUCGACGAUCAGCUUUGUCUGACAUUCACUGAUAAUGGCAGCGGGAUGACACCUAACAAGCUGCAUAAGAUGCUCAGCUUUGGCUUCACAGAAAAGGGCUCAGGUAAGGCCAGUCAGCAGGCCAUCGGCUUGUAUGGCAACGGCUUCAAGUCCGGCUCCAUGCGUCUGGGCCGUGAUGCGCUCAUCUUCACCAAAAAUGGCGGCUGUCAGACUGUGGGACUGCUCUCUCAGACCUAUUUGCAAAACAUCAAAGCCCAGGCAGUCAUUGUUCCUAUAGUGCCUUUCAACCAGCAGACCAGGUCUCUGGUUGUGACUGAAGACUCAGAGGCCAGUCUGGCAGCCAUCCUUCACCACUCCAUCAUCAAGUCCCAGGAGGAGAUACUCACACACUUCGACUCCAUUCUUUCUAAAAAAGGCACCAAGAUACUGAUAUGGAAUAUCCGCAGAGCCAGAGAUGGUAAGACCGAGAUUGACUUUGACAGUGAUUCAACUGACUUUCGUUUGCCUGAGAUUCACCUUGAAGAGCUGAAGCAGGGCCUGAGGAACAGUGCAUCCCUGAGACCUGAGCAGAACAUCCCCGACAUGUAUUACAGCCUAAGGGCAUACCUCAGUAUCUUGUACCUGAAACCACGGACGCAGGUCAUUCUAAGAGGGAAGAAGGUCCUGGCCAAGUUGGUGUCCAAGAGUCUGACUCACAUCGAACACGACGUCUACAAACCUCAGUUUAGCAAAGAGAAGGUGAAAGUGACUUUUGGACUAAACCCUAAAAAGAAGGAGCACUAUGGCAUCAUGAUGUACCACAAAAACCGACUCAUUAAGGCCUACGAGAAAGUGGGCUGCCAGCUAAAGGCCUCAGGUCAAAGAGUAGGCAUCGGGGUGAUCGGCAUCAUUGAAUGUAAUUUUCUCAAACCUGCUCACAACAAGCAGGACUUUGAGUACACUAAAGAAUACAGACUCACCCUCGGUGCUCUGGGUCUAAAACUUAAUGACUUCUGGAAGGAGGUCACAGAGAAGAGGGCCAGGGAGCGAGAGUUUCAGGCGCUAGAUAAAGAUGACAGUGACGACCAAGAAGAUACUGACAUGGGUCCCUUGUGGUUACAGUGUGAAGAAUGUCUGAAAUGGCGAAGUGUCCCACCAAACCAUUAUAAAGUCACUCCUGAAAACUGGAACUGCAGCCAGAAUCCCAAUCCACGUUACAGAAACUGCUCAUCGCCAGAGGAAACAGAGGAGAGAGAGGAACAGUUAACACCCAGCUACCAGAAAAGCCACAAGAAACUAGAGUACUCCAAAAGCAGAAAACGAGAAAAAUCAAAAGAGGCGUGGCACUCGGAGAAGCAAGUGGCUAAGCAUGAAACCCUGUCACGCUGUUCAUCAGAGAAGAGUUCUUCCCCGUCCACACACUUACCUGAACACAUUACGCAUGAAAAGAGACUGGAACAGGAUGAGGCAGAUUUGUUUCAAGACACUCACACAGAUGAAAACGCAAAGACUCUAUUGGUCACACACUACCAAGAGAAAGUUGCUGGAAAAGAAACGAUCACUGAACAGACGAAUGAACUUGCACAUGUGGAAAAUGAUCAGAGCCUUGAAGACAAAAAGCGGGAGACAGUGGAGAAAGAGGAGGAGCACACAGACACUUUCAGCCGCAAAAGAAAGUCUGAACCUAUUUUUACCUACAUGACGAAACGCUGGAGACAGCAGCAGUUGGACUCAGGAAACGCUGCAGAGAAUUUGCCUCCUGGGAAACAAACAAAUACAUUUAAAAAGGACAGCAGCAGCCAGGUGGAGCAAACCCCAACCAACCACACCUGGACCUACUCCCCGCUGGCCACCCAGACCGUGGUGGUGUCCCCGCUGAGGACGGAACGGCCGCAGAGCAAGGCGCUGCCUCCGGAGCUGGGGGAGCGGGAAGUCAAAAUUCAGAAGCUGGCUGAGUUGGAGAGAGAAGCUGAGCGGCUACGGAUCCUUCUUGGGGUGGAGGUCUCCAAGACAACGCAAGGCACGAUGACAACUGCUGACAGUGUUAUUAAGAAAGAGGGAAUGGGGGAAUCUAGGGCAUCCACAACAAGCAAGGAGGUUGGCUGUCAAGCAGUCAUGGCUGAAUGCUCCACUUCAGUGCCGGGCAUGGCUGCAGCGCUGGAGAGCAGACCGAGGAAGGAGAGGAGUGAGAGUCAGACCAAAGUGAGAGCAAGUGAUGGUGACGCCUGUGAUGACGCCAGAUCAGGUCAGCAAACUCUGCAUGACAUCCGUAACAACGUGGUGGUGCUCCUCACAGCCCUGCUGCCUCAGCUGGACCUGGCUGGCAUCAGCUUAGACACAGCAGAUGUAGACCACAUCCUGCAGCAGAUCAUAGAGGUUAACUCACUCAAACUAUGAGCGCCUCCUAAGUCCUGCAGAAGAUGGUUCUCUUGUGUGUCCUGCAAAGGAAUAAACUAAAUACCCAGGUUCUUCCAUCAUACGACUUUUCUUUUUUUUUUUUUACCUCAUGGCGUCCGUACCUUUGGAGAUUCCCGAAUCCACUGGCUUCAGAUUAUAGUAAAGGAGGGUCUCUGGAUGGAUAAGACAGUUCUCUCUUGUAAGUGAAAAACCUAAGAGUUCAGAAUCCAAACAACAGAACAUAUUUGGGGAUUUGCUCCAAAAGACUGUACACGCUUUUCCAACUCCUCAUUCAUGCACCCCAGAAAUUAAAGUUGUGUCAUUGCAUAAGCUUUUUAAAAUGUGAGCCAUCGUCAAAACUUCAAGAGGUCAAACGUAGUUACACAAUGUAGCAUAUAAAGGCAGUCAGUAUGUUAUACAGAUAAAACACAACAUGUCUCUUUGGAGCCUUUAGAGAUCUCUGUGAUGGAAACAUUUCUGAAAACAGAACCACUGUCAGAAAUGUCUGCAGUGUGAUAUGUUUUACUUUACAGGCAGUUUACUUCCCUUUAAUUAUUUGACCUCUUAUGUACAAUUAUAUCACUUAUUUAACCACUAUCAUAAAAAAUUGCAAGAAUGUGCAUUUUGCAAUGUUGACCCUUAGGAAGGUUCUAAGUAGAGCUUCGCAAUGCUAAUAGAAGAAAUGGGAGCAGGAGACAAAGAAUUUUUUUGCAUACAAUUUAUUAAAAACAACAAUUGAACUGAAAUACGCUGUUCAUCAGAUGAUCAAAUGUUUAAGACCAUAGCUAAACAAAAACAGAAAACCCCCUCAAAAUAGAAAUUAAAGUGUCAAAAAGAGACUUAGUAAUGAGUAUUCUUGUUGAUCACUUCAAACAGUUGUUUAGGCAUGCUUGAUGCGAGUGUUUCCAGAAGGAUAGUACAAAACGUUUCAAUUGUGCAAAAAGCUCAUUCUUGCAAUGUUUUAACUGGUGUUAGGAUUUUGAUAAUUGAGUCUUUGUGGAGGGCCUUUCUACUGUACAAAAGUUAUUAUUUUUUUACCUAAAACUGAUUCCUAUAUUGUAAUGUUUGUGUUUGGCCUCUUUGUUUUACAUAUGUUCUCAAGGACCUUUAAAGCGUGAUACAAGUGUUGUCAGAGUUUACUGACAAACACUUGUAUCAGGUUUUAAAGGACGUUUAGAACCUGAUGAAAAUACAGGUCCUUCUCAAAAUAUUA